GAGAAAGGCGGCAAGUUUCCCCAACGGCUCUAUUGGUUUCUCGAUCGUCCUCUCCGUCUCCGAUCCACUUCUCCGUUUAAGGGGAAUUCGCAUUCGUCGCUGGGAGUAGCGGAAUCACACUUCCCGACCUUUACUUCGUUUUUCUGAAACCCUAACUUCGUCAGUUCUCGCUCUCUCCGACGUUGCCUGUGUUUUCUCCUUUACUGCGAUCCAUCGAAUAUGGUGGCGG